AUGACACCACCCCCGCCCAAACGCCAAAAGCGGGAUGAAUACCGCAAAGCAACAGCAGAGGCCGCCUCACAACCCGGCCCCAGCGACGUCGCGGAGAUCAAGCUGCCCAAGAAAAAGUACUAUCGCCAGCGGGCGCACGCAAACCCCUUCUCGGACCACCAUCUGAAUUACCCCCUCAGCCCGGCGCACAUGGACUGGUCAUCGCAUUACCCUGCCUUUGUGGAUCCGGACCCGUCGCAUACCAACCUCGCCGGGGCCCGGAAGCUCCUGAAGGAUGUGGAGGUCGUGGAUAUCGGGUGUGGUUUUGGCGGGUUACUCAUUGGGCUUGCGCCUCUGCUGCCGGAGUCGUUGAUAGUCGGCAUGGAGAUCCGCGUCUCGGUCCUCGAAUACGUGACGACGCGCAUCCAAGCCCUCCGGGCCCAGCAGCUUAAGCUCAGGGCUGCGACUGCAGCCGCGACAGCAGCGUCGGAAACUCCGUCUCAGCAGCAAGCUCAGAUAGACGGGAAACAAGCAAACGCAAACGCAGCUGCAGAUGCAGCGUCGCCCGUCCUCUCAACUGACACCGAGCACACGCCUACCACUCUCGUCCCGGGCUCCUACGAAAACAUCUCCGCAAUCCGCAGCAACACCAUGAAAUUCUUCCCUAAUUUCUUCGCCCGCCACCAACUUUCCAAGAUUUUCAUUUGCUUCCCGGACCCGCACUUCAAGGCCCGCAAGCACAAGGCCCGGAUUAUCUCCGAGACGCUGAAUGCUGAGUACGCCUACGCUCUGCGGCCCGGUGGGCUCUUGUACACCAUUACCGAUGUGGAAGAGUAUCAUCAUUGGAUUCUGAGGCAUUUUGGGGUGGAGUCGGGAGCCGAGGAGGAGAGUGAGGAGAAGAGCACCAGUGCGAAUGCGAAUGCGAAUGCGAAUGCUGGGGUGAGGGAACUCUUUGAGCGGGUUUCGGAGGAGGAGCUGGAGAAGGACGAGUGUGUGCGGGUUAUGAAGGAGGCCACCGAGGAAGGGAAGAAGGUGGCUCGGAAUAAGGGGAACAAGUACGUGGCUGUCUUUCGGCGAAAGACGGAUCCUGAAUGGCCUGCAUGA